AUGGUCCCUGGUGGUCACAUGGUCCUUACCUUUCAAGCUAUGGGCAGUAACAGGAAAGCUGAUUUUUCUAGCAACAAGAACUGCACCAUCUGGGAGUUAUUAGGAAUCACCCUAAAUGACAUGUUUCUAGAGGGAAAAGCUGAAGAGGCAAAAUUGGACAGGUUCAAUCUGCCAUUUUAUGCACCUACUGUAGAAGAAGUUAGGGAUGUGAUUCAAACAGAAGGAUCCUUCAACAUUCAACGAUUGGAAACAUUUGAAGUGGACUGGGAUUCUAACAUGGAUGACAGUAACAAAAGCUUUGGGUUUGAUAAACCCACUAGAGUAAAGUAUGUGGCUAUGAGCAUAAGGGUGGUUGCAGAGCCAAUUCUGGCAAGUUGUUUUGGAGAAGAGAUCAUGGAUGAUUUGUUUGACAUGUUUUCCAACAACCUUGAAGAAUACUUGGAGGUUGAGGAAGGCAAGUACACGAACAUGAUCAUUUCCAUGAAUAAGGGAUGA